GCAGUGCAGUCUGGGUAUCGGAAGGAAAGAGCCUUUGUCUGGAUAGGAGGAACGCUUUUCUAUAGAAUUCAAACGUUAACCGGAAGUGGGUGUUCUCACUUCCGGUACGGUCCGCAUUCCCUCCCUCUGGGAGGGAACAGAGAAAGAAAGAAAAAGGGGGUGAGAGAAUUUGUGUGAUUCUUGAACUCCCUCCGCGCGCGCUUAGCCGGAAACUUCCGGGGGCGAAUUUACCAGCCCGCAACCCGGAAGCGCUGGCCUUUGUUUCCGGGCCCUGGUCUCUCCUUCCCCCUCUCCUUUCUCUCGUUUUCUCCCUCCCUUCCUCCCUCCCUUUCUCCUUCACCUCUUCCCCCACUUCAAAGCAGCUCUUCCAAAAUGGCGCCCCUGGACUUAGAUAAGUACGUGGAGAUCGCGCGUCUCUGCAAGUACCUGCCUGAGAACGACCUCAAGCGCUUGUGUGACUAUGUGUGUGACCUGCUCCUAGAAGAAUCUAAUGUGCAGCCUGUUUCUACGCCAGUGACCGUCUGUGGAGAUAUACAUGGACAGUUUUAUGAUUUAUGUGAAUUGUUUAGAACUGGAGGCCAAGUUCCAGACACAAACUACAUAUUUAUGGGUGACUUUGUAGACAGAGGCUACUACAGUCUUGAGACGUUCACAUAUCUUCUUGCCCUAAAAGCAAAAUGGCCUGAUCGUAUCACACUCUUGCGUGGAAAUCAUGAAAGCAGACAGAUAACACAAGUGUACGGGUUUUAUGAUGAAUGCCAAACAAAAUAUGGUAAUGCUAAUGCCUGGAGAUAUUGCACCAAAGUCUUCGACAUGCUUACAGUAGCAGCGUUAAUAGACGAGCAGAUACUUUGUGUACACGGGGGCCUGUCGCCAGACAUCAAAACAUUGGAUCAGAUCCGAACUAUUGAGCGCAACCAAGAGAUUCCACACAAAGGAGCAUUUUGUGACCUUGUCUGGUCAGACCCAGAAGAUGUUGACACCUGGGCUAUUAGUCCUCGAGGAGCGGGUUGGCUAUUUGGAGCAAAAGUUACCAAUGAGUUUGUCCACAUCAACAACUUAAAGCUCAUCUGCAGAGCCCAUCAGCUGGUGCAUGAAGGCUAUAAAUUCAUGUUUGAUGAGAAGCUGGUAACGGUGUGGUCUGCUCCAAACUACUGCUAUCGCUGUGGAAAUAUUGCUUCAAUCAUGGUCUUUAAAGAUGCAAAUACGAGGGAACCAAAGCUCUUCCGGGCAGUCCCAGACUCUGAACGUGUGAUCCCACCAAGAACAACCACACCGUAUUUCCUUUGAGACUUCACUCAGUUCCUUGUACUGUUUUCUCUGUGGCAUACUUUUUAUCGAGCACUUUGCUGCUGAAAUGUUGCAUCUUGCCUUUUUUUAUUUUUAAAUUAUCUAAAUGUGUUGUAUAUUGUGUCUGUAGCAAUGCGUCUCUCGAUCCUUUCUGCACACCUUUUGUACCCCACCUCCCUUCCCAAGACUUGUCUGUGAGUGCUUGUGAAAUGUCUCUAGCACUUAUCCUGCUGGUGGUUGUUCUUGCAUAUUCGUGGGAGUGUGCUUUUUUUAGGGAAAACUGCACUUUUCCUUGAAAUAAUAAAAAUAGAGCAAGGCAUCAGAACUAGUCUGAUCUCCUUCAUUUCAUUUAGGAGGUUAUUUUCAGGGAGGUUUUUCUUUCCUUUUCUUUUUCUUUGCAAGUUUUUAAGAAAUUUCAGCAGCAAAGGCAUACUCGCAUUCACAAUGGGACUCGCAAUUGAAAGUGUAGCAUACACAUGUCGAAGAUGUAAAAGUGAAUUGUCCUAGUUUUGUUUUAAAGUGGGUAUAAAAUAAGUAGUCUGAAAGGCUGCCCCGACUAUAUUUUUGUUUUGUUUGCUUUGGGUUUUUUAGGAUUCAAAACUAAAAAUACAAAACUGGCUACAGGUAUUUGAAUUUGUAUAGUAAAAUAAUUGCUCUGAUUUUUUUCAGAUACCUUGUAUUUUUAAUAAAGUCAUAUCCCGAAUUCUGCCUCUAUGUUAAACAUUGGAAAUAAAACCCUACAUUGUUAAUAUGAA